AUGGGAGGAUCGCAAGGAUCGACAGAGACGGAAUGGAUGCUGCUGCUGCUGGGACAGUGAUGAAGCAAAUGACAGAAUUAUAGAAGCCAUGAAGAGUUUUCUGGAAAAGAUGUGGUGUGCAAGAAAUAGUGAAUUGGAAGAUUUGUAAUGGAUACUGCCUGUGUUGUUUUAUUUUUACAGGGUGUGCCGAUACGAAGGCCUGACUCUCCAACGGGUCACCUGUAUAGCAAGAGCAAGAGCAAGACCCAAAACACUGCAGAUCCAAACUUGAGCCGCCGUGCCGAGGGGAGCCUCUUCUCGCAAGUAAUCUAGGUGGGUUAACCCCUCCACUUCAGUACAGCCACCAGUGUCCAAGCGUUCCCUGGUUCAGUACAGCCACCAGUGUCUGUGACCUGCAACCCCGAGUUGGAAUAAACUGUAGGGCAUGGUGACAAGUGGCAACCCACCAUACAUAACCAAGAGGCGACUGAUUGCUUCCAGCUGCCCGCCUUUACCGGCCACAGGCAAGGUGCCACGAGGUAGCCUGUGCGGCGGUCAGCAACAUUGCUCACGCCACCCCCCAGUCCCCUUCCCACUCGUCCACAAGUUCUUCUGACAGUGAUUAAUGCUUGCCUCAGUGUCACAACAACUGUGCUGCAAGAGGUGCCACAAUGGAAGACGCAGGGCAGGCUGACCGCACUAACAGAAGGAAGAGUCAGAGGCAUCGCUGUGAUGACUGUGGGAUGGCAUUCAGCCGGAAGAGCGCCCUGGAGAGUCACGCAGCUAGUCACAUGCACUCCUCAAAGAUGGACCAUUCCCUCGGGAGUUUCAGAACUUCCCACACAAACUCAGAAAGGUCAAACCAUUGCCUUGAAAGUUCCAUUGACAUACAGGGACAAAUAUUCAAUCAUUGGCAUGAGAGUGAUGCUGCUGCCCACACACAUAGUGGAAAUUCAGAAUGCUCUGAGGACACCCAAAUUCCACCUCAGAAAAGCAGUGUUCGUCAUGCUAGAAGAUUUGAAUGUCGAAAGUGUGGAGAGAGGUUUGCAUGGAAGAGCGCUUGCUUAGAGCAUACAAUGACCCAGUGUGCUGAUGAGGAUGACUUUAACUAUCAAGAGUGUGGCAGUAAGCUUAAUGUAAAGCUUGCACUUGAAGAUAACUGGCAAGAGUGUGGGGAAAAACACAUACAGGGCAGUGAGCUUGAUGUAAAGGUUGAACUUGAAGAAAAUAACUGGCAAGAGUGUGAGGAAAGUCAUGUACAGGGCAGUGAGCUUGAUGUAAAGGUUGAAUUUGAAGAAGAUAACUGGCAAGAGUGUGAGGAAAGUCAUGUACAGGGCAGUGAGCUUGAUGUAAAGGUUGAACUUGAAGAUAAUGGGCUUACAAGCAAAAUCUUUGAGCAGAGCAGCGAGCCUAAGAAAAAGAGUGAUCACAAAAGCGACACUGAAAUUGAGACAGAAUGCCCAGAAGAAACCAAUAAGCUUCUGAGUGACAGUGAGCUUGAGGGAGAUGGCUUCAGGUACCCAAACAAAGAAAUGCUUGCAUGUCGAGAAUGUGAGAGCAGAUUUGAGUGGAAGAGUACUCUGUUGACCCAUAUUUUUAGCCAUGACAUUAGUGAUGAUUUGCAGCUGGAAGAUUUCAUCAAGGUUGUACCAAAAAAUGAAAUCAGUGCAUCAGAAACCACAACCUACACUGGUGUGAAAAUGUAUCAGUGUCCAGAGUGUGGGAAGAGAAUUGCAAGAAAAGGUGAUCUUGAGAGGCACAUUCUUGCUCACAAUGCUCCUAAAAAUUUCAGGUGUCUUAAGUGUGAUAAAAGUUUUUCACGUAAGACUCAUCUUGACGUGCACAUGGCCCACCACGAUGCUGCUAAGAACUUUGAAUGCCAAGAGUGUGGAAAACAUUUUGUCUUUAAAAGUCGCUUUGACAGACACAUUCGCACACACGCACGGACAAAGGACUUUAAAUGUGAAGAGUGUGGGAGUCAUUUCCAAACUAAUUGGGGCUUAACACAACACUCCCACACACACGCAGUUAAAAGUUUUGUGUGCCAAGAGUGUGGCAAGCAGUUUGCACACAAUUCAAGUCUGCACCAACACAUGCACAACCACAAAGACAGCAAGUCAUUCCAGUGCCAUGAGUGUGGAAAGAGCUUCAAGCUUAAACGUGCCCUGAAGAGACAUAACCUCACCCACAUUGAUACUAAGAAAUUUGGGUGCUUGGAAUGUGGCAAGGAGUUUGGCCAGAAAUGCCAUCUAGAUAGACAUUUCCUCAUUCACCUAGGCACGAAGGAUUUUGAGUGUGAUAUUUGCCUUGAGAACUUCAGACGUAAGGAUAUACUCAAGAAACACAUGAAAACCCAUAGCAAACUGUUAUCUUGAGGGGCCACCUCAAAGGUCAUCUAAGAAUAAAGUUUCCUCUUCAUUACAACUGGACGACUCGGUAGGUUUGAGUCCCCACCGAAACACGCUGAUUUUUCAAGUCAUUGCCGAGUGGCGAAAAAUUACCCACAUGCUGUACGGAUCUUAACUUCAGCACCUUCAGUGAAGAGGCACAGUGAGGGGCUGCAUGGGCCAAGCAAGAGUUACACAUCACGGCAGCCACUAUAAAUAAAAUUAGCCCGUGCCACUAACAGGCUGGGGCCAUCCAUAAGGUCCCUCAAGAGAGCCUACCGGUGCUACAGGCAGAAAUUAACAACAGUGGAUAAUAAUGUUACAGAGGAAGGUGAAGAAAAAUGAGGCUACUGUUAUGAGAAGGAAACCCAACCUGAACAUUUCUCUAUUGCGACAUAUAAAAGGGUAACAGCAAGAAAAAUCAUAAAAGAAACAGAAGCCAAAACCAUAAAACAUCUUAAGCACCAAGCAGAUGAAGCAAAAUACAAGAGUGUGGGAAUGAUAGCAACGAACAAGUAAGCUGAUGCUGCGACUAUGGAAAGCCAUGAAAGGGAAGGAAAAUCUGUCAUCCCCUAGAAGAAAGAAAAAUCCUUGAACAGACAGUCCUGGUGAUGCUCGUGAUGGGCAAGGACGCAUCUGAAGAGCUCGUUCCUUUUGCAAUGAAGGAAUUCUCGCCGCUCCAAUUAAGAGCAAAAGAAAAAGUAGUGGAAAAAGUAGCCCCCACCGUAAAGGAAGAAUUUUAACCACCAUAACGGGGAAAAGAGGAAGUAGCUGGGAAAGUUCUAAUCUCUGUGAAGGAAAAGGCUGUCACUAGAAACCAACAGACAACGAAUACCACAAUGCAGAGGUGGGCGAGUGCGGUAGUACCGCAUCACAAAAAAAGUACCGCACUACCGCAAAAUUUCUGAAAAUACCGCACUAAAGAAUCCUGCGGUAGUUUUUUGCUGUACUUUGAAAACUACCAAAGACGACAUUUGCAGCGCGGCAUGCUCAGAU